AUGGCUCCAUUGCUGGCGGAGUCGCCUGCCCACCGUGCCGACGCAGCUGAAGCGGACAGUGAAGCUGUUGACGACUGCUCGCCGGAUGGACUCCGCCAGGAGCGAGGCGACUUGCAUCAACUCGGUUAUGAUGUCGAGACAGUCGAACGAGUGUACAGGUCAGCCGACGGAGUCUCCAGUCCAAACUACGCCGAUGUAGCAUUCUGGGUACUCUACUUUCUGUGCUCGGCAAUCCGCUCCAACAUUGGCAUUGCGCAGACCAUGAACAUCAGCGUCGGGCACGAUCUAAUGUCGGUCCUGCACUUGACAGCCAAAGACACGUCAACCGCUCUGGCGCUGUUCUAUGUAUCCUAUGUCAUUUUCGACCUUCCAUCCAACCUCGUCAUGAGUAGACUGAAUCCGCGAGUAUGGAUGGCCCGAAUCGUCUUUGCCACUAGUCUUGUUGGGACGUGCUUUGCAGCGGUUCAGAAUGCAUGGAGCCUAAAGCUGCUGCGUUUCUUGCUGGGCAUGGUCAUUGCCGGUAUGUGGCCUGGCAUGGCCUAUUAUUUGACACUGUUCUAUCCCCCCUCGCGGACGGGCAAAAGAAUCGGCAUGUACUUUACUGCCUCACAGGUCUCUGCUGCCGUCGUCGGUCUUGUAUCCGCCGGCUUCCAGCUUAUGGAUGGUCUUUCCGGCCUCGUUGGCUUUCGCUGGAUGUUCUUAAUAUAUGGGUUAGUCGGUAUUAUGUUGAGCUACACGCUGCUUUGGUGGCUGCCUGAUCGUCCCCUGGCCCCCGGACAAGUGCGACAACCGACGAAAUGGCUCCGCUGGUUUCCACAGUCUCCCGAGGCUCUCACCGGACAUGAUGCAGAGGUUCAUUAUCAAGACCUGCGCCGAGUCUAUCACCCUAGACCGUGGACUAUGAAGCAUCUUGCUCUCGUUCUCUCGGACUGGCGACUGUGGCCUCUCACGCUCAUGUACUUUGGCGUUGUUGGCGUGGGUAUUGGCACUCAACUAUACGGUUCAGUCAUCAUCGCGGCGACCCAGCCAACGGCAAGUGCAAUCACAGUGAGCUUGCUGUUUGCACCUAUUUGGGUCAUGGAUCUCAUCGCAAUCGUGAUUGUCACGCCUCUGUCGGAUCGGUUCCACCGCCUGCGAGCCUUCUUCUUUUCUGGUGCAGCCUGCAUCCAGAUUGCCGGUCUACUCGUCACCACAUUCGCCAGAAACAGAUGGGCUCGAUAUGGCGGCCUGCUCAUGGUAGGCUUCGGUCUCGGCCCUACGGUGCCGAUUUGCAUGGCAUGGAGCUCGGAGAUCUUCCAGCGUCGGCACGGUGAGGUUGGAGUAGCCGCAGCCACGGCACUAGUUUCGGGUUUAGGAAAUUUGGGUAGCAUCACAACAACCUAUGCCCUCUACGCAGGUUGGCCAGAAGAUGCGGUCAAAGGCCCUCGCCAGUUCCGGAAGAGCAACCUGACCAUGAUUGGAAUCUUGGGCCUCAGUAUCGCGAGCGCAUUAGUCAUGGCGGUGUUGGUGCGAAUUUUUGGAGGCUCGUCGAGUCCAAAGCUUCGCAACGACGUAUCCAACGAAGUCGAAGAUGGAGCUGCCAGACGAGAAGCACACCAACGUGGAUUUGGUAAAUUGACGAAGUGGGUUCACCCAAGUUGA